GCCCGCUUUAGGUCGAGUGCCGCAUUGAGGAUCUAGAGUGCCGCCGAUGCGGAUGGGAUGAAUGGAUCUCACAGCCUAGCACCCGACCUGAAGCCGUGCGAUAGUUGCAAGCUUCCCCUCUUCAGCGGGUAAUCGCACGUGCCAUUGUUACAGGUGUGGGGUUUGAAUACCCAGAGGCUAGGUAGAUUUUUGUCUGAAUAGCUUCCACUUCUCCACAAGACAACCAAGGUCUUCAACGAGAUUUUCAGCCCACAGGUACCUGCAGCAAUGCAUCGAACUGGCGCGCUCCGGCGCACCGCACUAUCGGCGGCAUCUUGCGGACAACGCGCCGCACCACCUUUACGAUGGACGCGCCAUGCGAGCAGUGGCCCGUCAUGGGCUACCGCUCGUAACAAAGGCCCGCGUGGCGGCUGGGGCACGGGACUUGUUCCCGUCAUGGUGGUCUCUGCCUGCGCAGGCUGGUAUCUCUAUCCUGGCUACGUUGAAGGCACGGACUCCGCUACCAAGCCGAAGGAGGAUACUGCCGUCAAGCAGUCAGAGAAGCAGCGUCUCAAGGAGGCAACACUGGUGGAGGAGGAUCGGGCCCUAUUGAGCGCCCAGCAUGUCCAGGUUGAAAAAAGCUGGGAAAAUCCGGGCGUUUAUGCCUGGGGAUCCAACUCUGGCAGGGCGGUGGCACCCGAUUCGUCCGAGGCCGUUAUCAAGACGCCACGCCGAAUUCCCUUCUUCGAUGGCAUGCUGCUCCGCGAUCUCAAGAUUGAUCGAGACUUUGGAGUAGCUGUGACGGAGGAUGGAGACAUCGUCCAGUGGGGCAAUGCUUUCGCUCCCGACACGCAGGUGCCAGUCAAGACGUUGACAGGCAAAGACAUCACGAAAGUGGCUGUCUCCAGCGACCGCAUCAUAGCCCUUUCCAGGGGCGGCGCCGUGUUUUCGUUUCCGAUCGCAAAGUCCGACCAGCAGGAAGCAGGGCAAAAGCCGCCCUCGUCCUCCUGGAUCCCGUUUUGGUCGGGCGGCGCCUCCGACUCCAUCAACUACAGGAUCCUGACGCCGCCUAGCCUCGGCUGGCGAGAGAAGGUUGCGGAUGUCAGCAGCGGGCUGGAACACUGCCUGCUCCUGACCUCGAGUGGCCGUGUCUUCUCAGCGGCGUCUAGCAUGGUCGGCUUCCCAUCCAAGGGGCAGCUUGGAAUCCCAGGAUUGACCUGGCAGACGAAGCCGGAGGGUCCAUAUGACCAACCAUCCCUAGUCAAAGGGCUACCACCAAUCAAACAAAUUGCCACGGGGAACUAUCACUCGCUUGCUCUGAGCGGCAAAAGCCCGCAGGUUCAUGCCUGGGGCGACAACUCGGCCGGGCAGCUCGGCUACGAGCUUGAUCUCGAGAACCCAGGCACCGACGCACCGAAGGCCAUUCCACUCGAGAAGCUCUAUGGCGCCAACGGCGGUGCCGGUCCAGCGCUGUCUGUUGGCUCCGUUGCAGCAGGUGGCUCGAAUUCUUACUUUACGGUCAACUUGGCCAAGCCGGCCACGCAAGAUACGUGGGCUUGCGGCGAGGGCCUGUACGGCAACUUGGGCACGGGCAAAUGGGUACACCUGACGUCAGUGCCAGCCAAGAUCAAGAGCCUCUCGGGCCUGUCCGAGUACAACGACGCCACCCGAAGCAUGGUACCAAUCGGCGUGCGGCAUCUGUCGGUAGGGAGCACACACGCGGCAGCGGUGCUCGACAAUGCGACCUCAGUCCAGGCUCGCGCUCCCAGCGGCAGCACCAACUGGGGCUCCGAUAUAGUCCUAUGGGGCGGGAACGAAUUUUAUCAGCUCGGGACCGGCAAGCGCAACAACUUGAAUGAGCCGGCGCACAUCGCACCCCUCGACGUCGGCAGCGGCAACAACAAUGCCAGAGCCGCGGCUGUGGUGAGUGGCAACGCUGGGCGGCUGCAACUGACUCCCCGCGCGACAGUCCGGAUCGGCGAAGGCGGCAAGGGGCGCAAGAUUAGCCUGGAGCAGAGGAUUGAAUGCGGCCGGUUUGCGACUGCUGUGUAUUCCGCGACUGCCUGAGAACGUAUGGUGGGCUAGAUUUGGGCGACUUUGUCUCGUCUCGGAUGUAUUUGGGACAUUGUACUUCCAGCCAUCGUCCGCACCGUACUUUCACAAUCAUGUAUUGAUACUUGUGCUUUGGGUGUGUUGCCAGGUUACACAUUUCUCCUCUUACUUUUACUGUUGAUACCGAUCGAUCCAGCCUGGAGCUACCAAUGCAUCCCGUCCAUAAUUGUGCG